AUGAAGAUGAUAAUCAUUUUUUUUAUAUUGUUAAUAUUAAAUUUAAUUAAAUCUCAACAGUAUGGACCAACAUGGGACCAAAUUAAUUCAAGACCAUUACCAGGUUGGUAUGAUGAUGUAAAGUUUGGAAUAUUUAUUCAUUUUGGAAUUUAUAGUGUACCAGCAUUUGCAAAUGGAGGAUAUGCAGAAUGGUAUUGGUGGACAUUAAAAAAUCCAAGUUCUGAUGGUGGUGCAACACAAAGAUAUCAUGAAAAAGAGUUUGGAGCCAAUUUUACAUAUCAAGAUUUCGUUUCAAGAUUUGAUUGUCGUUUAUUCGAUGCUAAUGAAUGGGCAUCAAUAAUUGAAAAAUCUGGUGCAAAAUAUGUAGUUUUAACAUCAAAACAUCAUGAAGGUUAUACCCUUUGGAAUAGUGAACAAUCAUGGAAUUGGAAUUCUGUUGAAACUGGUCCUGGUAUUGAUAUCGUUGGUGAGUUAACAAAAUCUGUUAAAAACAUGGGUUUACAUAUGGGUCUUUAUCAUUCUUUAUUUGAAUGGUUUAAUCCAUUAUAUCUUGCAGAUGCUGAAACUGGUAAAAACCCAACAACUCAAGUUUAUGUUGAUGAAAUUUUAAUGAAACAAUUAAAAGAUAUUGUUACAACAUAUGAACCUGAAUUAAUUUGGGCAGAUGGUGAUUGGAUGCAAUUAAGUAAUUAUUGGAAAUCAACAGAAUUUUUAAGUUGGUUAUAUACAAAUAGUAGUGUUAAAGAUACAGUAAUUGUAAAUGAUAGAUGGGGAAGUGAAUGUAGAGAUAAGAAUGGUGGAUUUUAUACUGGUGCUGACCAUUUUAAUCCAUAUAAACUUCAAUCACAUAAAUGGGAAAAUUGUGCAACCAUUGGAUAUUCAUAUGGUUAUGAUGAAUAUGAACAGGCUACUGAUUAUCAAAAUGCUACAGAGUUAAUAAUUGAUUUGGUAACAACGGUUGCAUGUGGUGGUAAUUUCUUAUUGGAUGUAGGCCCAGAUGCUCAAGGUACAAUUCCAAAUAAUAUGGUUGACCGUUUAUUAGAGAUUGGUAAUUGGUUAUCAAUUAAUUCUGAAUCAAUUUAUGGUAGUUCACCAUGGAGAGUUCAAAAUAUGACUUUUAACAUCUGGUAUACUACAAAUACUACCAAUGGUAAUGUUUAUGCAUUUGUAUUUGAAUUACCAGAUGAUGGUGUUUUAAUUUUAAGUGAUCCAAUUGGUAAUAAUAAAACAGAAGCAACUUUAUUAGGUUUAAAAGGUGAAAAAGGUGUUGAAGUAUCAUUACCAAUUGAAUCAACAAAACCUGGUAUUACACUAAACAUUCCAAUGGUUGCACCACAAGAUUAUCCACCAUAUGUUUAUGUUUUUAGAUUAACUGAUGUAGAAUAA